AUGUACUGGGCUGAAGAUGACAACAUGGGCCCUUGGCCUCCUUGCCUGGAAAGUUACUCUGAGCCUGCCAACAACUCAACCUACGUCACGUACCACGGCACCAGCAAGGAGGCUGCCGAAAGCAUCAGGUGUUCUGGCUUCUCUCCAUCGAAUGACGGCAUGCUGGGGCGCGGCGUGUACGUCAGCCGCGACAUCCAGAAAGCCAGCCGCUACCCCCUGAAUGUAGCCGAAGGGGACCGCAGGGUCCUAGUGCUCAAAGUUAAUGUGGGGAAGGUGAAGAAGAUUGACAGCAAGCGGCACCCCCUGCAGAAGACCUGGCAUGCAGCAGGCUAUGACACGGCCUGGGUGCCCCCUAAGUGUGGCAUGGUGCCCAGUGGUCUGGAGGAGGACUGUGUCUGGGACCCCUGUAGGAUCAAUGUCAUCAGUGUUAUCCAACCCAUUCCACAGCCAUCCACCAUCAGUGUUAUUCAACCCAUAGAACAGCCUUAUUCUGAGCCUGCCAACAACUCAACCUACGUCAUGUACCACAGCACCAGCAAGGAGGCUGCCGAAAGCAUCAGGUGUUAUGGCUUCUCUCCCUCAGAGGACGGCAUGCUGGGGCCCGGUGUGUACGUCAGCCGCGACAUCCAGAAAGCCCGCCGCUACCCCCUGAAUGUAGCCGAAGGGGACCGCAGGGUCCUAGUGCUCAUAGUGAAUGUGGGGAGGGUGAAGAAGAUUAACUACCAGGGGCACCCCCUGCAGAAGACCUGGCAUGCAGAAGGCUAUGACACGGCCUGGGUGCCCCCUAACUGUGGCAUGGUGUCCAAUGGUCUGGAGGAGGACUGUGUCUGGGACCCCAGGCGGAUCAAAGUCACCAAGUUUAUCAAACCCAAACCACAUACUAUAUUAUUUCAUUAUUUGUUUGGAAGAAUGUACUGGGCUGAAGAUGACAUGAUGGGCCCUAGGCCUCCUUGCCUGGAGAGUUACUCUGAGCCUGCCAACAACUCAACCUACCGCAUGUACCACGGCACCAGCAAGGAGGCUGUUGAAAGCAUCAAGAAGGACGGCUUCUCUCCCUCAGAGGACGGCAUGCUGGGGCCCGGCGUGUACCUCAGCCGCGACAUCCAGAAAGCCAGCCGCUACCCCCUGAAUGUAGCUGAAGGGGACCGCAGGGUCCUAGUGGUCAUAGUGAAUGUGGGGAGGGUGAAGAAGAUUGACCGCCAGGGGCACCCCCUGCAGAAGACCUGGCAUGCAGCAGGCUAUGACACGGCCUGGGUGCCCCCUAACUGUGGCAUGGUGCCCAGUGGUCUGGAGGAGGACUGUGUCUGGGACCCCAGUAGGAUCAAAGUCACCAAGGUUAUCAAACCCAAAUCCCAGCCGUCCAGCAGUAAGGGACGUGGUUAUGACAUCAUGAGGAACGGCUUCACUCCCUCGAAGGACGGCAUGCUGGGGCGUGGCGUCUACCUCAGCCGUGACAUUAAGAAAGCCAGCCGCUACCCCCUGAAUGUAGUCGAAGGGGACCGCAGGGUCCUAGUGCUCAAAGUGAAUGUGGGGAAGGUGAAGAAGAUUGACCACCAGGGGCACCCCCUGCAGAAGACCUGGCACGACGCUGGCUAUAACACAGCCUGGGUGCCCCCUAAUUGUGGCAUGGUGCCCAGUGGUCUGGAGGAGGACUGUAUCUGGAAUCCCUGUAGAAUCAAGGUCAUCAGGGUUAUUGAACCAGAACCAUCCUGGGGCUACUGUAACGUACAAUAAGGGACAUGAGCACCAUACGGUUCUUUGUAAGUUUUGCUGUCAGAAUCUUUGGGAAAUCAUAACAGCUGUAAUCCAGGCUGUUAGCAAUCACAGUGUAAUAUUUCCCGCCUAGUCUGUCCCUGUACAUUUGUUUUGAUUGUCAUGAAACAAGGUUGAAGAAACGGUUUUACAGGAAAAAAAUACAAAUAUUUGAAAAGUCUGAA